AUGGCCCGCGGCCGAGUGCCUCCCGGCACAUGGGGCCCCUGGCGGUCUUUGCCCGUCUUGGCGAUCCUCCUGCUCGUGGGGCUGCUGGCCUCCCGGCCGGCGGGCGCCUGGCUGCGGACGAUCGGGGAUCGCUUUGUGUCCGAGCCGCCGACCGUCGUGCCGGAGGUGCACCUCGUGCGAUCUGCCCGGCCCUUGUCCCCGAUCGAGCCCGGCCCCUUCCUGGGCACCUAUGUGGCCGGCCGCAGUGCGCAGCUGAUCCGGCCCCUGAUCAACCGCCAGGCCAAUGUCUUUUCCCAGUGGGAUCCCCAAUCCAGCCCCCUUUCCCUCGACCGAGUGGGCGUCCACUUUUCGCCCACCCCACAGAGCACCCUCGGCAGUAGCAUGCCCUUCGGGCCGCGGGACUACCCGAUGGAGCCCGUGCCGAGCCUCUCCGGCCAACCGGCCCUCAUGGGCAUCCAGCCCGACUCGCUGGUGCUCGUGCUCGGGUCCGGGGAAUACACCCACCAAGUGGGCACAUUCAGCGUUCUGGCCGCGUCGGCCAUAGACGAAAACUUGGUGGAGCUGCUGAUCCGGCGCGAUGACAUCGGUGACAUCAUGUUUGCUUGGCUCCAGGCCAACGAUCUCCACCUCAGCCUGGUUCACCCGCCGGCCCAGAUGGACCUGGCCGGCAUCCGAGCGGCCGCCGGAUUGGGGGGCAACUUUCACAUGUGGCAUGGCGAGUACUAUGGCCGGGUGCUCUUGACGCCGGUCAGUGCUCCUGCCACCGGCCUGGCCGACAGCCCGGGCCGGCCCGAAGCCCAGACCCUCCAGCAGGCCAUCGUCAGUGCGACUUCCACCUCGGCCUGGCCCGGUCUCGCGGGAAGCCGCUUUUUGGAUGUCCGCCCCACGCGACUGGUGCCCGGCAAUGUGGAAGACACGGUGGCCCUGUUGGAUAGUGGGAUGGUGGUCAUUUGCCGGGGUGGCCACUUGGCUGAUUGCGCGAGUCCCCUUGUCAUCGGCCUGCCGGGGCAGCUGUCCGCCAGCGCGCGCCUCAUGGUCCCCUCCCCGAAGGACCUGGCCGGCCAGGCCAUCGCAUGGCUACAGGUGUAUGAUCCGCCGCCUUCGGGCCAGGCCCCGGUCAUUUGGCAUGCGGUCUUGGUGCCCGGGCGGGGGGAUUUCAUUCGCUGGCUGAAGCUGGUCCUGCCGCCGGGGGCCGGGUCCGCUGAGCCCUCCCUGAGGCCGAUUCGCCUGGCAUCCUCGGACCCGACAUCGUCGAAUUGGGUAUUGGCCUCGAAAUGGAUCUUCCUCGAUCCGGUGGCCUUCCGCUGCGACACGGACCGAAGCAUCAUCUGCAGCACCCCGGGCAAUGUGCUGUCCAAUGCCGAUGGGUGGAACCUGGCUUUCGAGCACGACCCUGGGCCGAUCUCUGACCACCCUGCUCUGCUGCUGCUGCUGCUGCUGCUGCUGCUGCUGCUGCCCUCCCCCCUUGCUUUCGUGACCUCGGCGGCGUGGCGAACGCCGGUGCCGGCAGGUCAAUGCGUCGCCUGCCAGGACCCCCACUGCAGGACGUGCGUUGCCGGUGGGUGCCUUGUUUGCCAGGAAGGGUACCUGCUGGAGCUGGACCCAUCGAGCGAGGUUCCCACCUGUGUGACCGGCUGCCGGUUGGGCUUCCGGCGGAAUGGCUCCCUCUGCCAGCCGGCCCAGGCAUCCGGCGCCCCGGUGGGCGUUGAGCUGUCCUCGGCGCCGACCGCCGGCGGCGGCGGCGGCUCGGCCGUCGAGCGGCUGGGCUUCCUGGCUCCGACGCGCCUGGUGGCUCUCCACCGGCCGGGGCAUGAGACGGUCCUGCAGCUUCCGGAGGUCAUCCCUCCCGGCGGCCCGGCACACUAUUUGGGCUUCCCCGCGGACCCCAAUGUCCCUCCUCGGUGGAUGAAGCACCAGCAGCCCGACCCGGCCACCCUGGACAUCACUGACCUGCCGUCGACGAGCUUCCAUGGGCUCGGCCCUUCCAUUUUGCACUAUGUCGAGCUGGAGCCAAUGGUUGUCCCCUCGCAGGGGGGCUCCAUCGGGGCGGUCUUUUGCACGGCCCAAAGCAUCACCCUUGCGCGCUUCGUGUGCCUCCGGCCUGGGGUGCCCGAAGCGCCGGGGCUGUGCGACACCCGGCUGACAUUGCAGACGGCUGUCAAUCAGCCAUGCGCCCAGCUCCGGGCACUGGACAGCCAGACGGUCCUGGCCUCGGUCGGCUCCUCUCUCUAUAUGCUGACCGUGGAGCCGGAGACGCUCUUGGUGGCCCUGGUCCCGUGGGUGUUGCUGGUGCCGGUGCGCUUCCCCGGGCCGGACGGCUGGCCGGACCUGUGGAUGCGCCUGCACAGUGCCGGGCCGACCCAUCAGGAGGGCUAUGCGCUGGAUUUGGUUGCCCUGGCCCGCGAGUCGGACAUGCGGCUCGAGGGUCUGACCUCGGUGGUGGCCCGGCGUCCGGGCGAGGGGGUGGGCCACCGGCCGGCCCUCUUUGCGGCCACCCCCGGUCGACUGGCCCAUGCCAGCGGGGCAGGCGAGGUGUUCCUGUCGGGCGUCCAAGUGCCGAGCGAUGCGCCCACCGGGCCCGCCUAUUGGGAAGCCAUUCACCUGCCCCUCGGGGCGGUGCCCCAUGGGCGGACGUCCACCAUGGUCGGCAAUUCCCUGCUGCUGGCCGAGCUGCCGGACGGUGCGCCCCUCAACUACCAGGUGCUCGCGGUGCCGCUGGGCGAUCCGGAACACCCGGCGGCCCUGGUGCUGCUGACCAGCAAUCUGCUGGGGGUGUCGGUCCUGCGGUGCUCGAUCGGCAGCGGCUUUUGCCAUCUGCAGCCUGGGCAGCUGUUUGAUUUGCCACACACCCUGCCCUCGGUGGCCACCUCGUCCCUGGUGCCGGUGUCCGAUCCGGGCCUCCAGUCCGACGCGCCGGGGCUCAAGCGGCGCCACCGGGCGAGCUUCCUGCUGGCCCUCGACCAUGCCGACCCCUAUCGGGUGGACUUGCAGGUGGAGUAUUGCCCGGAGGGGACAUUCGAGCCGGAAUGCCUCGCAUGCCAUGGCCGGUGCAUGGCCUGCACCGGGCCCGGUCCGGAUGAGUGCUCUCGCUGCCGGCUGGCCCUGCACGAGGCGCCUGACGCCUGCUUGGAUGCCUGCCCUGCUGGACUGCAUGCCAACCACCGGACCGGCAUGUGUGACUGUCCGCUCGAAUGUGCCCUGUGUGGCCCGAUCGGUGGCCCCCAGGCCGAUGGUGCCCAUGAGUGUACCCUUUGCCAGGCGGGCUUUGCCCUGGCGCAGCCCGGCGUCAUGGGCCCAUGUCUCCCUUGUCACCGGGACUGCGCCGAGUGCGCUGUCCCCUCGGCCAGGGCGGACUCCUGCACCCGGUGCCGGGCUGGCCGCAUCCUCGUGGAUGGGGCCUGCCUGGACGCCUGCCCCGAGGGGCGCUGGCUGGAUGCCCAGGCGCAAGCGUGCCGGCCUUGCCUGGAGGGCUGCAAGCGGUGCACCUCGCCAUGGGAGUGUGAUGCCUGCCUCGGGGGACACUUUCGGUCGCCGGUCCAGGCGGGCGCCUGCAGGCGUUGUGAUCCCUCCUGCGAGUGGUGCUCCGACGUGGACAGCUGCCUGGCGUGCUGGCAUGGGCUGGUCUUCCUCGAUACCAAUCCCAUGGUGGCCUCCCUUUGCGGGAGCACCUGCGCGCCGGGCGAGUAUGGUGCCUGUUUGUCUUCGUGCCCGGAGGGGACGACCGAGGAGGGCGGCUCGUGCGUCCCCUGCCCGGUGGGCUGCUCGGCAUGCACGGACCCGGCUACCGGACAGUGCUCUGUUUGCCGGGCAUCAUGGGUGCUGCUUGCUGGCACCUGCGUCGAAAGCUGCCCCCCGGGACAGUAUGCGGCCGAUGCCGAGCUCGGGGGCCAGGUGUGCCGGGCGUGCGACGGCACAUGCCUCGAGUGCUCCGGGCCCGGCCCGGCCAAGUGCUCGGCGUGCCCGCCGGGGCUGAUGCUCCAUGAGGGCCGGUGCGAGGGGUCUUGCCCGGCGGGCAUGUUCGAGUGCCUGCUGGCCGGGCGGUGCGAGGCCUGCCCGGCCGGGUGCACGGCAUGCACCGUGGCCGAGGAGAGCCCGGUGGGGUGCGCGGCCGCCUGCUCGGCCUGCCAGGGGGGCCUCUUCCUGUCCUUUGCCACGGGCGAGUGCCUGCCUGGCUGUCCGCUCGGGGAAUAUGCCCCGGCUGGCUUGGCAUCCUGUGCUCCGUGCCAGGAGGAUUGCAUGAGCUGCCACCAGGUGGCCUCCCUGUGCACCAGCUGUCGGAGGGGCCUUCUGCUGGAACAUAUGGGGGCCUGUGUGGCUGCCUGCCCGGGGUCGGGCUUUUCGCCGGAAUGGCUGCCCAGCCCGGUGUGUCGUGCCUGCGCCGAGGAUUGCGACCGUUGCACCGCCGGCCCCAGCACGCCGGCGUGCGAUGUCGCCCCCUCCGGGGCACUCACCUGCCCGAUGGUGGACACCUGUGACCGAUGCUCCGGGGACCGCCUCCUGCUAGGGGGCGUGUCAUGUGUGCCCACUUGUCCGGAGGGCUUUUUCGCCGAUCACGAGGCCCCGGCCCCGGCAUGCGUCCCCUGCCACUCGGGCUGCGGCACAUGCGUCGGGCCCGGGCUGGCUGACUGUCUUGACCGGCGGGACCGUGCCUCCAGGCGAGGCCUUGCCCUCGGUCUUGGGAUUGGCCUGGGCCUUUUGGCGCUCCUGCUGCUGCUGGCAGGCCUGGCGGCGAUGUACCUUCGCCAUGGACGAUCUCGCUCGGGCCGGAAGGGGUCCGACCAUUUGGAAGACGAUGUGACCGUCCUGAACACGAUCAUUGAGCUCUCCCUGCCCGGCAGCAUUCAGGUGAGCAUUUCGAGCGACUUCACGCCAUUGCCCGGGGAACAGCUCGGCACCGGGACCCAGGCCACGGUAUAUGCAGCCCGCGCGGUGGGCGCCGGCAUCUCGGACCGGCUUGGCUGCCCGGCGGUUGUUGCCAUCAAGCGGCUGAAGGCCGACCGCCUGCGGCCUUCGCAGCUGUCGAUGUUCCACAAUGAGGUGGCCCUGAUGUGGCUUUUGCGCGAGCACCCGGGCAUCGUCCGGUUGUAUGGCUACUCGGAGGCCCCGCCGGCCCUGGUGAUGGAGCGCUUCCAAACGGACCUCGGCACGCUCCUCCACUCGGAGGCCCCGCUGACCGAGCCGACGGUGCUGGACAUUGUUCGGCAGUGGGCCACCGGACUCGAGGCCAUGCAUGCCCAGGGGAUGGCCCACUGCGACCUGAAGCCGGGGAAUGUCUUCCUCAGUCUGGACGAGCAUCGGGGAUCCUGGCGCGCGGCCCUCGGCGACCUUGGCACAAGUAGGAACCUGAGUGCCGACCGGACGUCGGUGCUGGUGGCCGAGAGUCCGGCCUUGAAUGCCAUGACAGCGCGCUACGCGGCGCCCGAGGUAUUGACCGCCUUCCAUCGCCGGAGACCCCUGGACCGGGAGCUCUACCUGCCGGCGGACAUCUUCGCCGCGGCUGUCAUGCUCUGGGAGUGCCUGCAUCGUGCACUGCCCUGGAAAGGGGCGGAUUUCCAGACAAUCUCCGAGUCUGUCAGGGCCGGCGCUCGACCGGAAGUGUCGGCUCCGCUCGCGGCCGGGCCUUUGGGCGACCUUCUGCAGCUCGCCUGGCAUGCGGAUCCCGGCUCUCGGCCACUGAGCUCCUCCUUCCGACAAAAGUGUGCCAUGGCCGCGGCGCUCGAAAUGUAGCGGCACCCAGCGUCCGACGCCUGGGCAGAGGGCCCUCCGACGGCGAGGGAGGCGCGGGGGGUGGGGGGGG